GAGGUGAAUGAGGAUCUCAGGAAAUAAAAGGUGAAGAACAGAACAUUAGUCUGACAGUAAGACAGGAUCUGGUAGGAGGAUGAGUGGGACUCAGCUCUGGCUACUGGCCUUUCUGGUUUUUACCUCUCUGGUAUCUCUGGCUAAUGGGGGUCCAUUGAAGGUGAUGUCUGCUCCCAACUUGUUGAGGGUAGGAACAGCAGAGAACGUCUUUGUGGAGUGUCAGGACUGUAGUGGAGGAGACCAGAGGGUUGAAAUCAUUGUGAUGAACCAUCCAACCAAAACCAAAAUACUGACAAGCAAAGUUGUGAAUCUUACUGCAGAAAACAACUUCCAGCAGUUUGGACAAAUAACGCUCCCUCCAGCCGACUUCAGUAAAGAUCCCAACUUGAAGCAGUAUGUUUACCUCCAAGCUCAGUUCCCUGACCGGCUGCUGGAGAAGGUCGUCUUAGUGUCCUUCCAGUCUGGAUACAUCUUCAUUCAGACAGACAAGACCAUCUACACCCCCGACACUAAAGUUCAUUACAGGAUGUUUGGAGUGACGCCUCGCAUGGAGCCUGUAGAGAGGAAUGACCAAGCCCAGACUGAUGCAUCUAUUGCCAUUGAGAUUGUGACUCCUGAUGACAUCAUUCUACCACUUGAUCCAGUCUCUUUGGAGUCAGGGAUCCACUCUGGAAGUUACCAACUUGGUGAAAUUGUCAGUCCUGGACUUUGGAAAGUCGUGGCCAUGUUCCACAACAACCCUCAGCAACGUUACUCUGCAGAGUUUGAGGUUAAAGAAUAUGUUCUGCCCAGUUUCGAGGUUAAAAUUAAGCCUGCAAGCGCCUUCUUCUAUGUGGACAGUGAUGAACUCCUCGUGAUUAUUGAAGCUACGUAUCUGUUUGGUGAAGAGGUGGACGGAGCAGCAUAUGUUGUGUUUGGGGUUAUGCAAGAGGGUCAGAAAAAGAGCUUUCCCAGUUCACUUCAGAGGGUGAUGAUUGAAAACGGGAAGGGAGCUGUCACACUAAAGAGAGAGCACAUCACACUGACGUUUCCAAAUAUCAAUGCCCUGGUUGGGAGUUCCAUCUACAUAGCAGUCAGUGUGCUCACAGAGAGCGGUGGUGAAAUGGUGGAAGCAGAGGUGAGAGGUAUCCAGAUCGUCACAUCACCUUAUGCCAUCUACUUCAAAAAAACACCCAAAUACUUCAAACCAGGAAUGUCCUUUGAUGUGACGGUUGAAGUUCUGAAUCCUGAUGAAACUCCAGCACAAGGUGUUCCAGUGGUGGUGGAUCCAGGAAACAUGAAGGGUAACACGGGAGAAAAUGGCAUCGCAAAGCUUACCAUCAAUAAAGUAGCAGGAAUUCAGACACUGCCUAUCACUGCCAAGACCAACUCCCCUCGUCUUACACCUCAGAGACAAGCGACGGCCACCAUGGAAGCUAAGCCAUAUGUCACCAACAGCAACAGCUACAUCCACAUAGAUGUGGAUACAACAAAUCUUACAUUGGGAGACAACCUCAAAAUGACCCUCAACCUCAACAAACAGAUAGAUAGAGGGAGUGACAUCACAUACCUGAUCCUGAGCAGGGGUCAACUUGUGAAAUAUGACCGUUUCAAAGCACAGGGUAAUGUAUUAAUACCCCUGAAUGUCCCUAUCACCAAAGACAUGCUGCCGUCUUUCCGCAUCGUAGCCUACUACCAUCCAAGUGAUAAUGAAGUAGUAUCAGACUCUGUUUGGGUGGAUGUGAAGGACACAUGCAUGGGCUCGCUUAAGUUGGAAUCUUUAAGACCUGCUCCAUCCUAUAAGCCUCGUAGAAUGUUUGGUCUGAAGGUCACUGGAGAUCCAGAGGCCACAGUGGGACUUGUGGCAGUGGACAAAGGUGUCUACAGCCCAAACAACCAGCAUCGCCUCACUCAGAAAAAGAUAUGGGAUGUUGUGGAGAAGUAUGACACUGGCUGCACACCAGGUGGAGGGAUGAACAGUAUGGGUGUUUUCUAUGAUGCUGGGCUGGUGUUUGAGUCCAGUGCUGGUUCUGGGACUGCAUACAGACAAGAGCUGAAAUGUCCGGCCCCCAGCAGGAAGAAGCGAGCCGCCACUAUAAUGGAUGUCACAACCACCUUAGUGAGCAAAUAUAAAGAUGAGCUCCAACGUGAGUGUUGUUUGGAUGGCAUGAGGGACACUCCUCUUUCAUACACCUGUGCGAGACGCAGUGAGUACAUUGUGGACGGUGCAGCCUGUGUCCAGGCCUUCCUGCACUGCUGUGAGGAGAUGGCAAAGCAACGAGCCAAGAAUAAGGAGGAAAUCAUAAUGGAAUUCGAGGAAGAUGACAACUGUUACAUGGACAGCAAUGAAAUAGUUACUCGCACACACUUCCCUGAAAGUUGGCUGUGGAAAAACAUCAAACUGCCUGCUUGUUCUAGACAAAACCCCGAUUGUGCAUCUACAUCAUAUGAAGAAAGGGUUCCUUUGCAAGACUCAAUCACAACCUGGCAGUUCACUGGUAUUAGUCUGUCAAGGACUCAGGGAAUCUGUGUUGGGGAUCCACUAGAGGUCAUUGUCAGGAAGGAUUUCUUCAUUGAUCUCAGACUGCCCUACGCUGCUGUCCGUGGAGAGCAGCUGGAAGUUAAAGCAAUCCUCCACAACUACACCCCUGAUCCUAUCACUGUGCGCAUAGAACUGAUAGAAGAGCCGAAUCUAUGCAGUGCAGCUUCCAAACAUGGAAAGUUUCGUCAGGAGGUUGAGGUUGGGCACCAAACUACACGAUCCGUUCCGUACAUUAUUAUUCCCAUGAAGGAAGGACAGUUCCGCAUUCAAGUCAAAGCUGCUGUUAAAGAAUCAUCUCUUCGUGAUGGGAUUGAGAAGGUGCUGCGUGUAGUGCCUGAAGGCGUCCUAGUUAAAGCACUUCAUAUUGUAGAAAUUGACCCCACUAAAAAGGGUGUAGGUGGUAAACAAGAAAUAGUCGUUAACAGCGCCAUUCCUAAGAAAGAUUUGGUUCCAACCACACCUACUAGCACACAGAUCUUUAUAACAGGGAGAGAAAAUGUAGGUCCACUAGUGGAGAACGCCAUUAGCGGCCAAUCCAUGGGUACUCUGAUCUACCAGCCAGGAGGCUGUGGAGAGCAGAAUAUGAUCCACAUGACUCUACCUGUCAUUGCAACAACAUAUUUGGAUAAAACCAACCAGUGGGAAACUGUGGGCUUUCAGAAACGGGCAGAAGCUCUUCAACACAUCAAAACCGGCUACCAGAACGAACUUGCCUACCAUAAAAAGGAUGGGUCUUUUGCUGUAUUUCCCAAUCAUCAAAGCAGCACUUGGCUGACAGCCUAUGUUGUCAAGGUGUUUUCUAUGGCCAACAGUCUGGUGGCAGUGCAAACCAACGUGAUCUGUGAGGCUGUCAAGUUUCUGAUUCUUAACACACAGCAGCCGGAUGGACUGUUUAAAGAAGUUGGGAAAGUUUCUCAUGGAGGGAUGAUAGGUGGUGUGCGUGGCACAGAUUCAGAUGCCUCCAUCACAGCCUUCUGCCUCAUUGCGAUACAGGAAUCUCGCACAAUUUGCGCUGCCUCUAUUAACAGGGUUGUACAAAAGCAGGCGCAAAUGAAACGCUAUGCGGGCAUCAGACGUGGUGCUAGAAAGCCUUUCUUCCAAGAAGGAGACAAGAGCCUGCCAGCCAGUAUAGACAGAGCUGUGGCGUACCUGGAGAGGCGAUUGCCCAACCUCGUCAACCCUUAUGCUGUUGCUAUGACGUCAUACGCCUUGGCCAACGAAGGCAAACUAAGAAAAGACAUCCUCUACAAGUUUGCUUCUCCAGAAUUAUCUCACUGGUCUGCAGUUAAUGGCCAUGUCUACACACUGGAAGCCACUGCUUAUGCUCUGCUGGCUCUGGUCAAGAUUAAGGCCUUUGAAGAUGCCAACCCUGUUGUAAGAUGGUUCAGCAAACAGCAGAAAGUGGGAGGAGGCUAUGGUUCAACUCAGGCUACUAUAAUGGUCUACCAGGCAGUAGCAGAGUACUGGACCAACGCAAAAGAACCGGAGUAUGAUCUGAAUGUGGACAUUCUGUUGCCGGGCAAGUCCAAACCUGUCAGUUAUAACAUCAACAGGGACAACCAUUUUGGCACAAGAACAUCAAAAAUCAACAGCAUAAACCAAGAUGUGAAAGUGACGGCCACAGGCACAGGGGAAGCAACACUAACGAUGGUGUCAUUGUAUUAUGCUUUGCCUAAAGAGAAGGAGAGUGACUGUCAGAGGUUUGACAUGUCGGUGGGAAUAAAGGAAGUGGCAUACAAUGUCUACCAGCUGACUAUAGAGGUUCUGUUUAAGGACGAGGCGCGUGAUGCAACCAUGUCAAUCCUGGAUAUCGGUUUGUUAACGGGCUUCACAGUUAACACAAAUGACCUGGAUGCAUUGUCUAAAGGUCACGGUCGCAUUAUUUCAAAGUAUGAGAUGAACAAAGUCCUGUCAGAAAGAGGCUCACUCAUCAUUUAUCUGGACAAGGUUUCUCACACACGACCAGAAGAAAUCAGAUUUAGGCUCCAUCAGAAGCUGAAAGUUGGUGUCUUACAACCAGCUGCUGUGUCUGUCUAUGAAUACUAUGACCAAAAACACUGUGUAAAAUUCUACCACCCAAAGAGGAAAGCUGGAGAGCUGCGGCUCUGUAGAAAUGAUGAAUGCACGUGUGCUGAAGAAAACUGCAGUAUGCAGAAGAAGGACAAAGUCACUAAUGAUCAGCGCACAACUAAAUUAUGUGAAAGUACACAGAGCAGCAAAAUUGAUUUUGCAUACAAAGUGAAACUGGUCAAAUUCACAGAGGAAUUGUCCACUGACGUCUACAAUAUGGAAGUACAAAAAGCUAUCAAAGAAGGGAGCUCUGAUGUGGAUCCUGUGGAUAAAGAGCGCACGUUCCUCAGUUAUCCACACUGUAGAGUUACAUUAGAUCUGGUAGAAGGCAAAACCUACCUUAUCAUGGGCGCGUCCACUGAUAUUCACAGGGAUGGAGAGUCAUAUCAAUACAUUCUUGGGGAGAGAACCUGGAUCGAAUAUUGGCCCACACCAGCAGAGUGUCAGACAGAGGCCCACAGACCUACCUGUGUAGGCAUAGAAGAAAUGGAGAUGCAGUUUAGCAUUUUUGGAUGUCAGCACAAGUAAAAUUCAAAAAAGUAAAAUAAAUAAAUAAGAAUUUACAUUUACAUUGUUACUGAAUAAAAUCAAAGACUCAAACUUUU